AAACGGUUACCACGAUCAAUAUUCGUGGUACCGCCUUUACACGACAAGCGAUAUUGUUGUCUUGUAAACAAAACGAACACCGCCUUUAAAAGUUCCUAAAGAUCAGAAAGUGUCAAAAUGAUCUAAUUCCAGUAAUACGGUGCGAGUUUUACAACGCUUUUUCGUUUCUUCAAUUAACCACAACGAUGAUCGCUAUUUAUUACGUUCUAGUCGCGUUUCGAAUACUGUCUUCCGUAUUUUAUCAGAAUGGAUACAUACAUCCCGACGAGUUCUUUCAGUCUAUCGAAAUUAUCACCGGUGAUUUUUUUGGAGUCGUACACAAACGUCCAUGGGAAUACCGCGAAGAAAACCCAGUCAGAAGUAUAAGUCUAUUAUAUGCAGUAUUUGGAGCACCAUUGUUUAUUUUGAAAAUAGUAUUUGGAAUUUACGAGAUUCCAUGGACACCUAUGACGCUGUUGGGUGUUUUUCGGCUAAUCACUUGCUUGUUAUCCUUUCUAAGCGAUUAUGCUCUAUACAAAAUAUGCAAGUUGUGUGGAGUUAAGCCCGACAGAUAUCUCGUACUACUUUCGAGUUCUUAUGUAAUCAUUGUUUACGGCACGAGGGCUUUUACGAAUUCCAUAGAAUUAGUUUUGCUAUCUCUUCUCCUGUGGUUGGUCAUUGACAGUAUGAAGACUUCAGAAAAGUUCUUAGCCGCACAAAACGAAAUAUUCAAGAUGUACGCCGACAAGACGUCGAUUCAAGACCAAGUUGAAAUGAGCAAAAAAUUACGAAAACUACCCUACCAUUUGUUUAAUCAUUGUUUCGAAAUUGCCGCUAUUCUAUCUGUUGGCACGUUCAAUCGUCCAACGUUUUUGAUAUUCGCCAUUGCUCCGAUUUUCUUUUGGAUAUCUCGAGGAUUCUCUAAGGAUAUAAAGUAUUGCAUCACGACGUUCAAUCUACGUUUUUUCGUAUUGGUACUUUGCGUCGCUCCGAUAAUGUUGGUGCUGGUGUUGAUCGAUUCUUACUACUUUGGGCACGUAACACACGACGCUGUGGAUUUCGUUUAUACGCCUUUGAAUUUUAUCAAGUACAACUUAGAUUCUACCAAUUUGGCCGAACACGGUAUACAUUUUCGAUUGACUCACGCCUUUGUCAACAUGCCAUUACUGUUCAGCGUGUUGGUUCCGCUGUUUGUGCACAAUUUAAAUUUGAACAAAUUCCUCGAAAUCUUCAGGAACGGUCAGUAUAAUUUGCUACCGAAUAUUCAUCGAGUCGACACUUUGAUGGUGGCCAACGUAAUCAUUCCAUUGGCUUUGUUGUCCCUCUUCCCACAUCAAGAACCAAGAUUUCUUUUACCUCUAUUGUUACCAAUCGUUUUCACUACUGCGAAUUAUUUUUCCAUCAACAGUAUUAAAAACUUGAAACCAUUGUUCUUUACUUGGUGUUUGGCAAACGUGUUUGGAUUUUUAUUUUACGGUCACCUCCACCAAGCCGGCGUUACACCUAUGAUCUCACAAUUGGCCACAGACAUUAAACACUCGUCAAAUACACUCUUAAUCCACAGUCAUGUGUACACCGUUCCCGUUGGCUUAUUAUUAGUUCCUGAACCGGCCAAAAAAUUUAGUCGCAUUAGAGGAGAGCGCCGGGUGUCUGUUCAUGAUCUUGGUUCUUCGUUAGACGUGCACACAAUCGUCCAUACAGUAAUGAAUACUACCGAGCAUCUAACCAUAAUGGGAAAUCCCAAACUGAAAAUUUACUUGGCGUUAACAGGUGCUCUACAUAAAAGUUUUGAAGACUUGUGCGAUCGUUCCGAUAUAAAAUUUACAAAGAAGCUGUUUUUUCCUCACGUGUCGGUCGAAUCACUUAAUUACUACAAGACUUACAUCGUCGACUUAAUUUUACAUGACAACAGGACAUAUGUCGCUCGCCUUAAAUGUCUUUACGAAUUGUUUUCUCUUGUGCUUUACGAGAUUACACUGCAUCGCACAGCCGUAGUGUAAAAUUUAUUGCAAUAUUGCGUUUCCUUAUUAUUUUUUAAGUCAAUACUAUUAAUGUAAGAUUACCUAAUUUUAAACACAGUCUAGUCAUCAAACUCGCUUUAUAAGUAACUAUAUAACUCGCUUAAGUACAUGUUUUGUGAAAAAUAUUCAAUUGUAUUGUCUUUUUUUUUUUUUAAUAUACUUAAAAACAUUUUAUUAAGCUUUA